AUGCCACGCGUACCGACGGCGCUCCUGCGCAAAGCGCGUACAAUAGAUCUAUUUCUUCCAGCCCUUCUCGCACCCUGCCGCGACCUGCAUACCGCCCAGAACGAGCUGCGAUGGCUCCGCGAACAUGUCGAGAAAGUCGCGAGAGCGCGACGCGCCAAAGGAGACACGCUGGCCAAGGGCGCUUUGCUAGGCCAGCUAGUCGGAGAAAGAGCAAAGGGAAAGCCACUCCAGUACAUACUCGGCUCAGAGUAUUUUGGGAGCCUAGAGAUCAAGUGCAGGCCUGGGGUGCUCAUACCGAGACCAGACACAGCAGCUUCAAUCACACAUCUGGCGAAUCUCGUUCGAAAUGCGCAAGAUCUACCGAACGAAGUACGAGUCCUAGACCUCUGCACCGGCACGGGUUGCAUCCCAAUACUCUUUCGUCAUGAAUUCGCUGCGAAAAGAAAAGACGUCGACCUGCGCAUCAUUGGCAUUGACAUAUCACAUGAGAGCAUAAGCCUCGCGCAUCACAACCUGCGCAACAAUGAGAUUGGCAACGAAAGAAGAAAUGGCAUGACGAGUUUCGCGAAGGCGGAUGUCCUCGCAGACCCCUUUGACAAUCUGACUCCAGGAGCUCCGUUGCCGGUGAAAAACCUAUUGAAUCACAACAAGUGGUCACCAUUUUGGGACAUACUCAUUUCCAAUCCACCCUACAUCUCACCGUCGGCUUACUGGAGGACUACAAUGCGCUCAGUACGCAAGUUCGAGCCAAAGCUGGCACUUGUACCUCCACCGAGAGCAAAGUUUGACGACACACAGCAAGGGGACAUGUUCUAUCCGCGGCUCUUGAAGAUUGCGGAGGAGAUCGAAGCAAAGAUCGUGCUUCUGGAAGUUGCGGACCUGGAGCAGGCACUCCGAGUCGCACGGCAUGCGCAAAAGCUAGACGUGUUUGACGGCAUUGAGAUAUGGAGAGACAACCCGGAUACCUCUACCUCUCCCGGUCAGCCCACGAGUGAAGAUGGUUUCCAAAUUCACGGGGACGGCAACGGUCGCUCUGUUGUGUGCUGGCGCGGCGUAGGAGGCCUUUGGCUAGGCAAAGCGAUCACCUCGAAGCCGCAAGCACGGCUUCAAGAUGCAACUAGGGACCAUAAAUCGCGCGAUCACUUUCUGUCCGUAUUUUCGUUUUGA